GGGCGCGGCGCAGCGGGCCGUGGGCGGCGACAGCGCGACUCGGCGUCCCCGGGCACAGCGCGCGCCGCUGGGUUCCCCGAGCGGACGGCAUGGCCCGGGCAGCGUGUCCGCGCGCCGGCCGCCUCCUCUGGCUCGCCUGCCUCCUGCCCUUCGCCCCGGCCGCGGGGGCCGCAGGCGCAUACGAGCUCCACCUCACCUCCGAUGGCCCGGCCACCACGGGGACAGAAGUGUCCAUCACAGCCAGCCUGGUGGCCAAAGACAAUGGCAGCCUGCACCUGCCCCCCAGCACCCGCUGCCGCUUCCACUGGGUCCACGCGCCCCUGCUGCUCACGGGCAGGGUCGAUGAGGCGCUCAGCUCCACCGUCCGUGCUGUGGGGACCGUGCCCGGGGACGUCCCUGUCUCUGUCUGGGUCACUGCCGCCCGCUGUGGGAUGUGCCGGCCCUUGGCCAGGAGCUUCCUAGUCCUGCCUGUGACAGAGUUCCUGGUGGGGAAGCUGGACAUCACGCAGAACACCUCCCUGCCCCAGCGCGACUCCUACCUCACGGGGACACCCCUGAAAAUCUCCUUCCUCUUGCACGACCCCAGCAACUUCUUCAAGGCCGCCUCAUUCCUCUACAGCUGGGACUUCGGGGAUGGCGUCCAGCUGCUGACAGUGGACUCGAUGGUCUAUUACAACUACUCCGCGGCCGGGACCUUUCGCGUCAAGCUGGAGGUGGUGGCGGAGUGGGCGCAGGAGAGCCCCGAAGCUGGCAGGGGCACCCUGCAGAAGACGGGGACCUUCAAUGCUGUCCUGCGGCUGCAGGAAACCCUUCAAGGCAUCCAGGUCUCCGGGCCUAGCCUGAUCCAGACCUUCCAGACGAUGACGGUGACCUUGAAAUUUCUGGGCAGCGGCCCGCUGACCACGUGCUGGCGCCUCACGCCCGAGUGCCUCCCGCUGGACGCCGGGGAGUGCCACCCCCAGCCCGUGACCGGCACUGCCUACAACCUCAGCCACACCUUCCGGGCUGCGGGCGAGUACUGCUUCAGCAUCCGCGCCGAGAACGGCGUCAGCAAGUCCCAGCACUACCACCGCGUCCAGGUGUGGCCCUCCAGCACACAGCCCGCAGCCUUCGCCUUCCCCUGCGCCACGCUGCUCACCAUGACGCUGGCCUUCGUGGUGUACCUCAGUGUGCGGAGCUCAGCGCGGGACAAGGACCUGGUGGAGGUGGCUGAUUUUGACUUUUCCCUCUUGUCUGACAAGAGCCCGGAGCCCGCCCCCGGGGCCAGACGCUGUUGCGGGCCGUGCUGCGGGCGCCCGAUGCUGGAUGCGCCCGCCGCCGAGUACCUGGAGGUGGUUCGCGAGACGCAGGGGCUGCUGUCGCCACUCGCCAAGGCCGCGAGGACCUACACGGUGUGAGCGCGCCCGUGCCCGCCUUCGUCCGCCCCCAUCGCCCUGCUUGCCCUGCCCCGUGCCCGCCUCUGCCCGGUUCCCCUCCCCCACCGUGGUCCCUUUCCCCCAUCUCCAUCCACUCUGUUAUGCUGCCCUCCCUGACACCCCCAUGGUCUGCACAGCUGGAAACUGACUGGGGAGACCUCCGGGCACCCGCAGACUCUCGCCCACCCUGCACUCAGGCCCCAGCACCCAAGUCUCAGUGGGGUCCUCGGACACCUGCUGGCCCGGCCACUACCAGGCCUGAGGUCACCACCUUCCCUGCCCACUUGCUCUGGGCUAUGGUGGGGGCUGAUGGCCUCACUGGCUCUGAGGGGUCACAUCAGUCACCUGGGGUUCCUGGAUGAGCGGGUGCCCUGCUUGUCACCUUGUCCAGGGGCCUCUGAGAAGGGCCGGGGAUUGAGGGAGAGGCUGCCAUAGUGGGGAGGGGGCUCCCGGGCCUUUGGGGGUCCCGGUGGGGGUCCUGCCGUCAUCUCCCCCUCAGACUGUGUGUGCAGAAGCAGUGUCCCGCUGCCACGUGUCCUCACGAGAUCCUGCUGAAUAAAGCUCACGGGCACCAGCUCAGAGGGUCUGUGCCACUUCGCACCCUUCA